UCUAAUACUACAAGUAAUAAUAGUAGUAAUAAUAGUAAUAAUAACAAUGCAGUGUCAAUAGGUACAACACCAUCUAGUGUGACAAGUAGGAGAAGGUCAACACCUAAUCCAGAGUUGAUUGAUAAGUUAUCAACUCAACCAAUACCUAUUAUAAUGCCUCCAUCUUAUAAGCCAGAGGCAAAGUAUGAGCGGUAUGUCACUCAGUUGGUGGGCAAGGUAAUCAUGUCUGCUGCACUAGUAUCAAAGACACCUGGACAGAAGCUAAAGAACACAUUGAUGGCGCAGAAGGGAUUGUUGAUCAAGUUCAACGAGACAAUUCAGAUAUGUGAUGCACUGUCAAAAGGCAGACUUCACAUGGAGCUUAUAAGUAUAUCAGGUACCAAGUAUAUUGUAACAACAGUGAAGGAGAGAUCAUUCUAUGGAGUGAACACCAAUCAGGGUGUUGGUGGCGGUAUUAUCAUUGUAUUGUUGGACACUGUCAUAUUGGUAGCAUUAUUCCCUGCAUCAGUGUUACCAACAGAGUCAAUACCAUACGUUGAGAACUUUGUGGCUACAACCAUCAUU